AUGGUGAAGGGGCAGACCAGCGUGGAAGGCGGAGGGAAACUGGGGCCCGGCGGUCUCCUGGAGGGCGGGAGAGAGGCAGGGGGCGGAGGGAAGAAGUGCCCGUCGGAGGUCACGCAGGAGACGCUGCUGGAGCUGCUCAAGCUGAAGGCGCCGAAGACGGAGGCGACGCAGCAGGAUGCAGGUAGUGUGGCACUUCUGUUUCUUGGAUCCUGUGUUCCCGCCUCCCCCGUUUCACGAUGGUCCGUGAAUCUUCAAAGCAUCCCACGCUCUCCCCCAGCUGAAGCGCAGGAGGGGGCGCCCCGUGGGGGUGCGGCGACCCCCGUUGUUGUGGCGGUCGUGGGGACGCCCUGCGAGCCGCUCCUGCCGGGGGAGGACCUGCGCGCCUACGCCUAUGAGGGGGACGGCUCCUCCGCCGGCUCGCUCUCCUCCACCAUAUCAGGCUUGCGCAAGGAGGUGACCAUCGAGGGCGAGGAUGAGGUGGAGCCUCUCGUGCCGGAGAUCCUAGAAGUGCUUGACCUGCUGAAGAACCUCCCCGACGCCCCGAGGACGCCCCGGGAACCCCUCAAGACGGUGCCACACACUCCCAAGACACCGAGGGAGCAUCGCAGGACUUCAUCGGGCGGGUCGGUGCCUCAGAGGGAAGGGCACAAGAAACUUCCAGACACUCCGAGGACUCCACGUGGUAUCCUGAAAUCCUUCAGAGAAACGUCGAGAACUUCGGGAUCGCCAAAUCAAGGCGGCGACGGGACGGCCGCGAACGAGGAGAGCAAAGAAGGCGGAGAGAGGAGUAAGAAAAUCGGACAGGGAGUGGAGAUGCGGCUGACAGGAGUGUCUGAGAAAGAUAGAGGGAACGCUGAUAAAGUGUCUUGCGGCGCCCUUGGGGGUCUCCCGGUCGAGAUGCCUUGCGUGGGCGAAGUCCCCUCUCAGAAGGCGAGGUCGACGCCCACCACGAGAAGACACUCCGAGAGCAGACGCUCCAGCAGCGGGAAGCGCCCUGGGAGCAUCUCCAGCAGCGUCAGCAACACUUCCUUGUAUGGCUACGAGGAGCUGUCAACGCCCUGCUGAUGAC